CACUGGAGAGUAGAGUUCUUCAUACAGUGCUGCUCUGACAAAACAAACCUGGAAAACUCUCUGGAACGCCAUUUAUUGAGGUUUUCAGGGAGGCAAGAGCUGGAAUAAGAGCUUCGCUGAAGGUGUUUGUUGUCGAAAGCGAGGGAAAUAUUGUAGCUGUGAUGGACACAAUGAUUGCGGUGCAGGAUGCGUCUGUCUCCGGUCAGUGGUUUACCGCUAUAAUUCUCAGUCUCUUCUGCUUUCUGCCGUCCUGUUUGCCUGCUGGACAAACUGUGGACUACCCCUGGCUGGGGAUGGAAAAUGUGGUCAGCAGACAAGGGGACACCGCUCUGCUCAGGUGUUAUCUGUUGGAUGGUUUCUCAAAAGGAGCAUGGUUGAACCGCUCAAGCAUCAUUUUUGCCGGGGAUGAUAAAUGGUCAGUGGACCCUCGAGUUUCCAUUGUAUCAGGCGUUGGAGAUAAACACGAAUACAGCCUGCAAAUACAGAAAGUGGAUGUUACUGAUGAUGGCCAAUACACCUGUUCUGUACAAAGUGAACACAAUCCACGAUCCAAGCAUAUUCACUUAACAGUAAAAGUUCCUCCUAAGAUAUAUGACAUUUCAUCUGACACCACUGUAAAUGAAGGCAGCAAUGUCUCACUGAUCUGCAUGGCCAGCGGGAAGCCAGAGCCCACAAUCUCUUGGAGGCAUAUAACCCCAUUAGCCAAGAAGUACGAAAGUGGAGAGUAUUUAAUGAUCAAUGGAAUCAACAGGGAUCAAGCGGGGGACUACGAAUGCAGCGCCCAGAAUGACAUCUCCUACCCCGACACGAAGACAGUCAAAGUCACAGUCAACUUUGCACCAGAAAUCCGGGAGAUAAAGUCUGCAGCCGUGGGCCGGGGACGCACGGCCCUGCUGCGAUGCGAGGCUGCAGCUGUACCCACGCCGGUGUUCGAGUGGUACAAAGGCGAUAAAAAGCUUACGAAGGGUCAAGGAAUCGAUAUCAAGAACCUGAGUUCCAGAUCAGUCCUCUCCAUGACCAACAUGACAGAGGACGGUUAUGGUAACUACACGUGCGUGGCGGCCAACGAGUUAGGAAAGGCCAACGCUAGCCUGCCACUGAUCCCAAUUAUUGAACCUACCACAACUAGUCCUGUUUCAAGCCCAGCUCCCAACACAGCACCAUAUGGUACAGCAAAAGCAGAAGUGCUGUCAUCCUGCCAGUACCUGGUCCUGGCUCUCUCCUCCUUCAUCAGUGUAUACUAGCUGAGGAUGGCCAUACACAAUGACUGUAAAAAACCCUUGAAAGCAUUUAUCAAUCCUUUGACAUUGCUGACAUCUGGAUACAAUCUGGUACUGUUUGUUAAAAGCAGCGUGGGAUAUAAUCAGAAUUACUUAUGUGGGGAUGGUUAUUUUCUGUGGAAUUUAUCAUUAUGUAAAUACUUGAAUAUUAUUUUUUUUUGGUUGUUUAUUUUGUUUUGUUUGUUUGUUUGUUUUAUUAUCCACUUUGAAAAUGAUUACACAUUGUGCUGUUACAUGCACACAACUGCUCCAAAAUUAUUUCCUUUCUGGGGUUUAAGAUCCAUUCAUUGGCAUUUAGAUUUUUGCUUGCAGAGAUGGCUUAAAACAUAAUAUCCAAGGUUUGUCAAAUCUCUCAAUAUACAAGUACAUCAUUUGCAUAAGAAUGCUGUAGUCGGUUAAAAGUCCUCGAAGCAAAAAAUAAUAUUCAUUUAGAUCCUACUGAAUAAUCUUCAGGAAUAGAACAGCUCAGAGAGAUGGUUAAAAACCUGUAAAGAUGCAAACAUUUGACUGACAAUAUAAAUAAUGACAGAUAAAAAACCUAUAUAGUCUGAGAGACACUACAAAGUAAAACAGAUAUUUCCCACACCUGAUAAGCCCUUAUCUAUAUUGAAGAUGUCAUUCUAACAUUUUUUUUCAUAACAAGACUUUUCGGAAGAUCAUCCCGUCAUUCAGUAUGAAAUACUCAUGUCUCUUUCUUUAGGCCCAGCAUGAGAGCGUUCUUACAUUAUUACAGCCUGUCUUUUCACCUUUGAGCUGUAGCAUUCCAAAUAAUUACUACAGUGUUUACUCCAUGCUGUUAAAGUAUGGAAUAAGCUGUUUUAAGUCGGGAUUUAAUGCUUUGCAUUUUUAAAAAGUCAACUGUUAGAUUUCCCAUGGGACAUAUGUCAUUCUAGAAUUAAAACAGGAAGUACAGAUGUUAGAUAAUGCUAAUUUGGAAGCACCUGCCGAUUUACAAAGGUAAAAUGUUAUCGCAAAAUGUGCUGUCAUGCAGUCAUUUACAGUACCUGUAAACUGUUGUUACAAAGUCUUUUGCCUUUCCAACAAUGACCUUUGAGAAAUUUAAAGUGUGGUGAUAAAUAUAAGCACACUUUUAUGAACAACAUUAUGAAAAUUAACCAAAUUAGUGCCUCCAUCACUUCAAACCCACAAUCAAAUCAUGGAAAGACAAUAAGAUAUCUGUUUUAUAUUAGCUCUUGUAGAACACUGUUGUACACUUCUCCAAAAGUGCCCAAAAUCAUUUAAACUGCUGGAAAUCCAUUUGACCUUUUCUUUACGGUUUUAUAAAAUAAUUAUGUAAAGCCAUGAAGAAUGUCUCAGAAUUGUUCUCAAGAGUGCAUGCAUAUGACAUAUUUCAUUGCAACUUCUACAUGGUUCAUCAAAGUGCAAGAAGCCAUUGUGGUAGCAGGGAAAUCUUUGCUGAAAGGCUCAUAAUUCAUUUGAAGCUAAGUACUGUAGUAUCCACAAGAUCAUUGGGCAAAUGUGUCAAAUGUGAAGCACAGAUUAUGGCUAAUCAGGGUAUGGGAAAUACCUAUGUGAAUAUUUAAUGUAUGUUUCUUGGUGUAACCCAAUGAAAAUCGGUUAAAUUAUUUUUGAACUCUGAAAAAGAGAAUUGUGGUGAUUUUGAAAAAAAAAAAAUCAUGAUGUGGAAUAGAAAUUAAAAGGCAACAGAGGUGGACGCACCAUAUAUGGUAUGACACAGGAUGUACCACAUUUUAUGAUUGGUUUUUUUAUUAUUUUAGCUUACAAUCUUACAUGUAUUUUGAUGGCAGCACAAACGGUAAUCUGUGUUUAUUCUGUACAACUUCAAUUCGUAAAACUAUGAAACGCCAAUGGUAUGCAAAUAUGGUAAACAAGAUUUAAAUAUUUGUCAGGAUUUACAGUUGUUUAAUUACAUGCUAACACAGUUUACAUAUUUCGCUUUCUGUUCAUUAUAUGUUGUUUUGGACUUUAUGUUUUACAUUUGACAUGUUGUAUUAACAUUUAUAUAUAUUCUCCAAAGUUGUAUUUCUCCGACACAAGUGGGAUAUUUGCCACUGAAAAACACACUGAAAUUCAGCUGCGCCCGGCUGUCCUAUUAUAAAUGUUUUAAACAUCAUCAUUCCAGCUCUGGGGUGAGUUUCCCAAGCCAUGAUGUAGCAGAGUUUUUCCUGAAACAUGUCGCUACUCAAUACGUGAAAUUUAAAUUUUUUCCACAACAUCCUGGAAAAGCUAUUUCAUUUUUCAGACAUGAGCAGUUUUUGGAAAGCAUUCUUAUGUAUUGCUUCUGGAAGUUAAAUUUUUGUUGAAGAAAGUGCAAUUUGUUAGCAAACUUCGUCAUUUCAUUUUGAUUCCACAUUGCAAACACCUGAAACCUGAGUUAGUUAAAGUUAAUUAGUUAUCUUUAGGUAACUCUGCACAUUAUCUUUUGGGGAAGGCACGUGAAGUUUUUAGGAGCUGUGUUGAAAGUUUGAUGCAUUUUCAAGACACGUCACUAUCGUGAAACUCACCCCAGGAAAGUGAAAUAAGACAUUCCACCUUAAAUUGUUCCAUUGAAUUCCAGUAAAUGUAAAACAGUAGAUUAAAUAUACAAAUAUAUAUAUUUUAUAUAUUUUAAAUCGCAAUUUUAGACAGCUGGUUUGGGGAAAAAGAUACGUUUAAUUUAUUAAUUUGGCUUCUGUUAAUCUCCUAGUGUCCAACAAAAGAACCAAGGGAUUAUGUUUGCUAACCCCAGAACACUCACGCUGUUGAAUGAAAACAGUGGCAGCAUACCCUUCCAUAGAUUGAAAGCACAAGUAUUUGUCAUUAUUGUAGUGGUGGUUCAAUUUAUGUUUUAUGUGAAUUUGCUAUGGUGCAAGAAAAAUAUAAUGGAUUUUUGUAUGUGACUUGCUAAUAUCAACUUGUCUGAUGGAUUAUAAAGUACAGCACCAUAAAAUCGUUGUCCUUAUUUUACUUUAAAUGGGGCAAAGAAAAGGCAGGAUGUUCCUUGGUUUCAAGGAAACUGAACAUGGUUCUGAAUACAUGUCACAACAACAUGAAACAAUACUACUGUUUACAAUAUUGCCAGUUAUUUUAGAUACUAUAUGUGCUGUUUAUCCUUAAUGGUUCAGAUGAAAAGAAAGUUUCCAAUGUUCCCAAGGGUGAAUAAUGUGAUCAGUGUGAGUAUUUCUUUGAAAGAACCCAUUUAUAGGGACCUUACCGUUUAUGGGUAAAUUCAGUAUUUAUUCUGCCUUAGUACACCUGUUGUGUACUAUGAUGUGCUGGAAUUCAUGACCAUAGUGCAUGCUGAAUUAACCUGUAUAUUAAUGUGAACACUUUACUAAAAAACUUCCUAAAA